AAGGGGUUUAAAUUUGAACUUCCCCUCCAGUGAAUAACAUUACGCUACCACACUGCCUUUAGGCUGUACACAUUAUAUCAUUUGGAUUUAGGAGUAAAAGACGACAAGAGGAUUAGAACUACAGCUAUUAAUCAGUUGAAUUCAGAUUUUAAAGUGUCAUGGAAGGAAGUUCACAGUCUUCACUGUCAGAAGAGGACACUUCAAGCAAAGAGCGCUCUUUACCUGAGGAGGAGAAUGAUCUUCAGUCUGAGCAGGUGGAGGAUGUGGCACAGGAGGAGUCCCUUCUCUCUGGGGAGGAGCAGUUAACCCUUAUCACAGAAAGCAUGUCAAUCACCUCCUCUGAUGAAGAGAAGCUUCAGCUCCUCAACAAAAACACUGAACUGCGUAGACUCAACAAAGAGCUGAUGAAACUAAACGAGGAGUGGGAUCACAUCUACCACAGCACAAGUGUGGGCCUCCAGCAGCGUGUGGCAGCUCUCGAGGAGGAAAGCACGUCCCUCAAACAGCUCAACAGCAGACUUCUGCUCAAAGUAGAACAUGAACAGAAUAAAAGGGAAUAUUACGAGCAAACACUGAUGCAGGAACUGAAAAAAAAUCAGCAUCUCCAGGAGUAUAUCAGACUGCUGGAGAGCCGACUGCAUCAAACAGAUCUUCAUCAGUGGACUACAGUGAAACAGACUGCAGAUAUCAGUGGCACAUCGAACUCUCAUCUACUUCAGCGGCCCUCUAAACCAUCCCUGGAAGUACGGUCUACUGUGUCACCAGGCACAAAGUCGAGCCUCAGACUGGCUGCUAUGGGAAUAGAGCUCCAGUCUGACCCAAUGAGAGAGGUUCAGGAUCUUAAAGAACAGCUGGAGGCGCUGCGAUGUCAGACUAAAAUCUAUGAGGCUGAUUAUAAAACAGAGCAGAAGGACCAUGAGCGCAUGCUGCAGGAGAAUAAGAGGCUGCGGCGCAGAGAGGGAGAAAUGCGUCAGCAGAUGGCGCUACUGCAGGAACAGCUAAAGGUGUAUGAGGAUGAUUUUCACAAGGAACGCUCAGACAAACAGAUUCUCCAGAGACUGCUUAUGAAAAAAUCUCCAGCUGAGAAAGAUCCGGUUCUGGUGCAUCGCUGCAACAACGAGCAGGACCGGCCCAGAACAGACAGGAGGAAGCACCGAGAAGAGCAGCGGGGUGGAUAUGUUUGUCCCAAACACUGUGAACAUCACGGGCAGCUGGACUUCCCCUGAACACUGACACACUUUUAUUCAUCAUAUUAAAGAAAAGGAAACAAGCUCUUUUUUAUCUUUUACGGUCCUUUUUAAUAGUUAUAUUUAUUUGAAGUUUUUAUUGUAAUAUUCUUUUAUAUUCUUGAAAGGGUUGUGUUUAUACAAUGACUGUAUGGAAAUGACUGCACUUUUGUAGUCUCAGUGUGAAACAAUCUGAACCAAUACAAUGACUGAAAACAUGAAGCUCAAACAAUCCAUGUCAGACAAUAAAUGUUGUAAUCUUUAAAAGCCUGUUUUGUUAAUAUGUCAGCCAAUAGACCAUUUCAUAAUACAUUAUUAAAAGGAAGAAGGAAAACAAACAAACACCUUUUUAUGUUCUUGCACUUUUAGGAAACCAGAGGCCAUUGUAAUUUUCCAGGAUAUUGGCUCAGUUGUAUCAAACAACUCUAUUUUGAUAGCAAUUUUCCAAACAAAUGCAGUUCAAAGUGUUUUACAGACAAGAAUGAGCAAUUGACACUAGGAUUAAAAAUAACAAAUAAAAUCCAAAUAUGUAUUAUAACAAUAGCAUUUAAAAGUUAAAAGUAUAUAAAUGAAAAAGAAAAAAAAACAGGAUAUGAAUGAUAAUUAAUUUAAAUUAAAAGUUGCCUCUUAUCCAGUAUUGUCGAUCUCUGCACUUGCUAUAUAGGUCAGACAAUGUUUUUGUUUGAUUGUUUGCUUGUUUUGUUGUUUAGAUUAUAACACAUUAGAAUUGUCCCUUAUAAUUACUUUGAAAUGUUCAAAUGUAUUGUUUCAAUAAAAUAUACAUUAACAAUA